AUGUCUAUUGCUAAUAAAAUGGAAACAAUUACUUUUUAAUUAUAUUAGAUAUUAGCAUCGUAAUCAGAAGUAUAAUUAGCGUAGAAUUAUUCAUAAGAAACGAAUAGAUACUCAACAAUUAUAGUUUUCUAAAGAUAUACUUCAGAUAAUAAAACAAUAUUUUUUUUUGCUUAUGAUUCCAAUUCAUUAAUUAUUAUUUAACAACAACACUAUAAAGUAGAAGAGAUGGUUAAAGACUUAUAUAAAUAUUUCAUGAAAGUUUAAGACUUUUUAUUGUAGAUUCUAACUAAAAAAUAAGAAACAAUUAUUCAUUUUAUAAAUUAUGCCUCGUUGAAUGAAUUUGAUAACAUUUUAAUAAAAUAGGAGGCAUAUAAAUUACUUGAAUUUCCUUUCCCCAAGAGCAAAAUCAUAAUUUGGAUGGAAAAUAAAGAAACACUUCAAUUUUCAAAAGAUUAUCUUGAAAUUUAAAUUUCAUUUUAAUAAUUGGCAUUACUAAAGAUCGAGCGUAAUUUUAUUAGAAAUCAAGAGAUUUAUGAAGAGUUUAUAAUUAAAUAAAUUACGCAAAUAUAAGAGAUUCACUAAUAGUUUAAAUUAAAUUUAGAAUUAUGUGAGUCACAAGUAAGAUCUUUUAAUUUUGUAAGUUUAAUUACAGAUAUUACUUUUAUAUAAGAUGUACCAGAUUAAAUAGAGUAUUUAGCAUAAUUAUUAAUGAAUUUAUCUCGCUAUACUUGUUUAGACUCAGUCUUAAUGAUAGCAAAACUUAAAUUAUAUAGAUAAAAUGCACUUUUAAGGAGGACAAUUAAUUAAUAAAAGUUAAAAAUUAAUGAAUACUUGUAAAUAGUUUAAACUGAUUUAACUAUAUUUCAAUAAGAAAAAUAUUGUCAUUUCCCAAAAAAAGGAGAAAAUAGUUAAAAGUAAAUUAUUUAUUAUAAUUUAUUUUAGAUGUAAAGUAUGUCAAAAAAAUAAUAAGAAGGUUAGAAAGUCAAGUUUUGUUUGUGAAGCUUGUCAAAAACAUUAUAAAAUAAAUAUAACACUUUGCACAACAAAAUGUUUUAAAGUAUUUCAUUUAAAUCCUGAAAAAUAUUUACGUAGAAAAAAUAGAACAAAAUAAACAAAAGUAGAAGAAUGA